AUGCGUGGUUAUAAUUUUAAAACAAUGUUUUUCCAAACCUUACUUCUACUAAUUUGCUACAAGGAUAAUGAAAGGAAACAUAUUUCCGUUGUUAGUUUCACAUCGGCAUGUGCGCCGCAUUUCCAAUUGUCUUUGGCUAACCCGUUAUUGUGGUCACAGUUCGGCAGGAAUGACAUUGUCGAUGGGGAAAGAUACGAUAAGGAAACUGAGCGUCGUUCACAAUGGACAACGGCUGAUUGGCUGGUGAAGCACAAAUACGCCGUAGAACUACAUAACAUCACCACGGCUGACGGCUAUGAGCUUCUGUUGCAUCGCAUACCCAAACCAGGCAAUCAGCCGGUUUUGUUGGUACAUGGUUUGUUGACAUCAUCACUCGCUUGGGCACUACUCGGACCGGGAAAGAGUCUAGCCUUUCUGCUGGCCGACCGCAACUACGAUGUUUGGCUUGCAAAUUUUCGAGGCUCUCCAUAUGCACGCAGUUACUCGCAACUCGGUAGCAAAACCCUGGACUAUUGGAGUUUCAGCUUCCAUGAAAUGGGUGCCUAUGACCUUCCCGCCAUAAUGGAUCACAUAGAAAAAGCAACCUCUUUCCACAAGUUAAUACUAAUUGGACACUCACAGGCGCUCAAUGCAUUUUUGGUUCUCUGUUCCGUUCACCCCGAAUACAAUGAGCGCAUUUUGUUAAUGCAAGCUUUAGCCCCAAUUGUGCAGCUUCACGGUUUUGUGCGCUUCAAAUCGGGUGAUGUCCGUCGGGUGAUGCGCUAUGUUAAGGCAAAUUUGAAACAAGGGUCUUACGAGUUGCUACCUCGUGGCUAUCUGAGUAAAAAAUGUCUUAAAAUCGGUUCUGACGAACACAAAGAGUGCCGAACAAUUAUGAAGACUUUUGCAGGCAGUUGGCGUUACUCUAAAUCAAUAGAACCACUGCUUUAUGGCCAACUUUUGCAAGGUGCUUCACUAAAGGAAAUCAAACAUCUACAACAAAUAUGGAAUUCCGGCGAUUUCGUUGCCUUCGACUACGGUGUGGAGGGUAAUCGCAAGUAUUAUAAUUCUGUGGAACCAUACAAUUAUAAUCUCAGUCUUAUAACCGCACCGCUUCUGCUCUAUUUCGGAGAAAGCGACGCCAUAGCUACGCCCGCGGGAGUGCAUAGCAUCUACUCACGUGUAUUAAAUGCGGUGGCCGGUGUCUACCGUAUAAACGCCGUCAAAUUUAAUCAUUUCGACUUUCUAUGUGCAAGCGAUGUAAAAACAUUGGUCAACGAUAGAGUCAUCGCUAUAAUGGAACAAUACUUAGACGGUAAAUUGUCAUACGUAAUUGAAUGA